GUCGGAUCCUAAGAUGGCUCCCCGGCCGCUGCUCCGCGCCGCGCUGUUCGUGGCUCUCUCGCUGCUCCUCACGCUGCUGCUGGCCUUCGCGCUGCCCGCCGCUGUGUCGGUGCUGGCGCGCUGUGCCGGUGUCCCGGAGGAGGCCGGGGCUGCGCACUGCGUGGCGCUGCUCUACGCGCUGUUUGUGGUGUGCGUGGCGCUGCCCAGGAUUCCGCGCGGAUCGCUCCCGGUUGAGGGGAAGGCGGUGUUCAUUACCGGAUGUGACAGCGGCUUCGGUCACGCUUUAGCCAAACACCUUCAUAAACUGGGCUUCACCGUGUUCGCCGGAUGCUUCUUAAAGGAUCAGGCUGGCGAGGGGGCGGCGGUGCUGGAGAACAUGCACUCGGACAGGCUGAAGGUGGUGCAGCUGGAUGUGUGCAGCGAUGAGCAGGUCUCUACAGCUGUGGAGUUCAUCAGGGCCAAUCUGGAAAACCCAGAGAAAGGUCUGUGGGCCGUGGUGAACAACGCCGGGGUCUCCAUGUUCGGGGAGGUGGAGUUCACCACUAUGGACACGUACAAGCAGGUGUCUGAGGCCAACCUGUGGGGAACCAUCCGAGUGACCAAAGCCGUUCUCCCGCUCAUCCGCAGAGCGAAAGGACGUGUAGUGAACAUAGCCAGCAUGUACGGCCGGAUGGGAAACGCUCUCCGCUCUCCGUACUGCAUCUCUAAAUACGGCGUCGAGGCUUUCUCCGACUGCCUCAGGUACGAGAUGAAGACCUGGGGUGUCAAAGUGUCCAUUGUCGAGCCGGGGAACUUCAUUGUGGCUACAGGGAUCCUGACGCGCGACAUUGUAGCCGCCACGGCCGAGAAGCUGUGGAAAGAGGCGCCCCCUAGUGUUCAGGAAGAUUACGGGAAGCCCCACUUUGAGCACUACAUGGCCCUGAUGCGCUCCUACUGCAACAGCGGCCAACGCGACGUCGCGCCCGUUCUGGACGACAUCACGGAUGCCAUCAUAUCCAAACGGCCAUACACGCGCUACAACCCCAUGGAGCCGUACUGGUGGAUUCGCAUGCAGGUCAUGAGCCAUCUCCCAGGAGCCAUUUCAGACCGCCUGUAUUUCUGAAGCAUUCCUCGUUCUCUCUGCACACGAUGACUAUCACAUGAUCAUCACAUUUUGCUUAACACACUGCUGAUUCAUAUUCCAGGCAGUUCUACAACAGCUCUGACAUUCCUGACCUUUAACGGACAUCUGAUCAAUAACGCCAGCGUUUUUUUUUUUUUCACCCUGAUCUCUAGUAUAUGUGGGAUUAUCACAGACAAGAAACUCAAACUGAAAAGCGCUCAGAGAUCACAGUUCAAAACACAAACAGGAAGCAAAGUAUUCACCCAUAUUUGACCUUGCCGUGCCCUUGAUCCUGUUUGGAUCAAUUCCAGAAGCUAAUCUGUUCGUUCUAGUGAUGCAAUUCCAUAUAAAUCCGACAAACAAUGUUUUUGAGAGAUCACGCUAACGAGAAUCUCGGACAACCCGCAUACGUAAAAAUGUUUCCGUGAACGUUAAUUCAACGAGGCUAGUCCUCGCUAACGCGCAUUUUAAAACGCAUCUUUUCGAACCCUCUUUUCAAAACCAUUCUUGUUGCAAAAAACGAACAAAAUGGUAGAGAUAAUGUAAAGGUCAGAGGUCAGACCUGCUGUAAAUGUUACUCGCAUUUCGUUCCUAGACUUCCAUUCGAAGUGAGUUUUAAGUGUUCUUAUUUCAGUACAGGAAAAGUUUAACAUGAUGUCCAGCGGUAAUCGUAUGGAGUUUAUAUUGAAAAGUGCGAGAGUAUUGCUUCAUCAUCUACACUGUAGCAGUGAUUAUUAAUCAGUUUCAAAACACUCAUCACUUGUACUUCUAAUUGCACGGAUCAGUCACUAAUCCCUGCAGCAGCAUCAGUUAUUUCACAUACGUACUCUUAAAGAGCAAAUCAGUGUUAGAUGGAAUUACCAAGAUGAUACAAUCGGUAUGCUCUUUUUCUAUCUGUUUGUGUAUAUAUAUAAAAAAAAAGGAUAUAUUUUCAUAAAACACUUUGAGCACAUUAAAGGUUAAAGGAACAGUCCACCGU